AUUUCUUCAGGCUGCAGCUCUGUGAAGUUCAGGGUCGUCUGCAGGAUGCCCAGAACCCAUACCGAGCAGCUCCAGAAGGCGGGAGGGCAUCGUGCAGGGCUGGCAGGCAGCUCCGGCUCUCCCGCUCCUGCUCCGCUCCCACUGGGCACCUGGGCUGCGCUUCCUCCCGGGGACAGCCCUCUGCUCCCACCCCUCCACAAACCAACUAGUGGAAAGGAUUUUCUUCCCCCUCUCUCUGGUGCAUUUCUGCACCCCAUAGGAAGGAGUGAUUUACCCCAAGUUCAGCCCGAUUUCUGGGCUUAGUCCCGUGAUGUGUGUAGCCGUGAGCAGUGGAAUAAACCCAUACCUUCAGUGAAAGCAGCCAAAGGAAUUUGAGCAACAAAGAAAAAAAGAAAUAUGAUGAAGAAUGAAGAAACAAGUUUUAACGUGGACAGCACCCGAGCCUCUCCCUUCUCCCACUGCUUGCAGCCGCUGAGCCCUGUUAUGAAGCCACACAGAACAAGUCAAUUUGGUGAAGAAUUCAGACCACACCUCUCACAUUUCCGCUAUGGCCCUCCUCCUUUUGGAGACAUGGAAACUUUCCAGGGGUCCUUGGAAGGAGGGUCUCGGAAACGCAAGAGCAUGCCAACAAAAAUGCCUCCUUCUAUUGCUCUUGAGGGUUCAUCAUCACCACCAGACAGAUCUGAAGAUCAGAGUGACAUAGGCUCUUCCAGUCUCCCCUCGAUGUUCCAACAGCCAGCACAGCCCAAGUACAGUUCCCAGAUGAUUGACCUCUGCAACUUUGGUUUCCAGCUCUACAGAAGUCUGGAGCACUUUGGAGCCAAGCCCAUUAAGCAAGAGCCAGUGAAGCCUAACACAGCAUGGCCCAGUAGCCCAGCAUUCAUGCAGGCUCCUUACUCUUACUACCCUAAAGUCCACCCUGGCUUAAUGUUUCCUUUUAUUGUGCCACCCAACUUUCAUUUCAGGAACCCCAUCCAAAUGAAAAGACCUCCAGACCCACCCUUCAGGAGGGCUGAAGUAAGAGAAAGUGGUGAAAAUAAACAGAAAGUGGAGAGAGUAGAUGUCAACCUUCAGAUAGACGACAGCUACUAUGUUGAUGUAGGUGGUGAACAGAAACGCUGGCAAUGUCCCAUGUGUGAGAAGUCCUAUACAUCCAAGUACAAUUUGGUCACCCAUAUCUUGGGGCACAGUGGCAUUAAGCCACAUGCUUGCACCCGAUGUGGCAAGCUUUUUAAACAGCUGAGCCACUUGCACACACAUAUGUUGACACACCAGGGCACCCGGCCACAUAAGUGCCAGGUGUGCCACAAGGCUUUCACUCAAACCAGUCACCUUAAGAGGCACAUGAUGCAACACAGUGACAUCAAGCCUUACAACUGCAGGAUCUGCGGCAGAGGUUUUGCCUACCCCAGUGAGCUGAAGGCACAUGAGUCUAAGCAUGAGAGUGGCCGAGAGAACAUCUGUGUGGAGUGUGGUCUGGACUUCCCAACCCUGGCCCAACUGAAGAGGCACUUAACAACCCACCGUGGCCCUAUACAGUACAAUUGCACUGAAUGCGAUAAGACCUUCCAGUAUCCGAGCCAGCUGCAAAACCACAUGAUGAAGCACAAAGACAUCCGCCCGUACAUCUGCACCGAAUGUGGCAUGGAGUUCGUGCAGCCCCACCAUCUCAAACAACACUCCCUAACUCACAAGGGUGUGAAAGAGCACAAAUGUGGAAUUUGUGGCCGGGAAUUUACUCUGCUGGCCAACAUGAAGCGACAUGUCCUGAUCCACACCAAUAUCAGAGCCUAUCAGUGCCAUUUGUGCUUCAAGAGUUUUGUACAAAAGCAGACUCUCAAGGCCCACAUGAUUGUUCACUCUGAUGUCAAACCCUUUAAAUGCAAGCUAUGUGGAAAAGAAUUUAACAGAAUGCACAAUUUAAUGGGACACAUGCACUUGCACUCGGACAGUAAGCCUUUCAAGUGCCUCUACUGUCCCAGCAAAUUCACCUUGAAGGGGAACCUAACCAGGCACAUGAAAGUCAAACAUGGGGUCAUGGAAAGAGGAUUUCAUUCUCAAGGUUUUGGAAGAGGAAGAAUUGCUGCGUCCCAGACUAAUGUCUUGAGAAACUUGGAACAGGAAGAGCCAUUUGAUCUUUCCCAGAAAAGCCAAGGGAAAGGAAUCUCGUUUCAUUCGGAUGGCGAGAGUGCUAAGGGAAGCUCAUGCCCAGAGGAAGAGGAAGACAACUAUUAUGAGGCAGAGCGCUACAGCCCUGGCAUGUACCACCAUGACAACAAGCUAUACGUGGCUCAAGAUCUGUCUGGCAAACCUGUGUGCAUGAUGAAGGACUUGAGAGAGUCCUACUGCAAUGAGAAGGAAGAAGUGCUAAAUGAGGGAGGACUGGAGAAAAGGAUAGGAGAUUCAGACAGACAGGAGAGCCAAGGAGAGAGGGAGCUUGCAAACAACAAAGAACACCUCAGCUUUAGAUCCUUUGAAAAGGCCAGAGUUGGCCACUCUCUCUCUGAUUACUUGUAUUUCAAGCACAGGAACAAGAGUUUGAAAGAAUUGCUGGAAAGAAAAAUAGAAAAGCAAACAAUGCUUAUAGGCAUUUAAAAUGAACAUUUUUUAAAAGCUGGAAAAUGGGGAUACUUUUAACAUGAACUGUGAUUUACCAAAGCCUGGAAGUUUGUAGCAUUCUUUAGCAACAAACACGUCAAAUUAAUAAAAAUAACUUAAGGUAGACCACGUACAUGAAAAGAACGAAGCAGUCCAAGGUCACCAAGAAAUGCAACAGAUAUUGAGCAAUAACAUUUUUAUACUUAUCCAUUUGAUGUAUAAGCAGACAAUGGGGUGGGCGUAGAAGUUUAUUUUGCUUUUUUGGGGUGGCAAAGACUUAUACGCAAUUGUCUAGUUAUCGAAAAACAUAAUUUAGCAUUUGAUUUAUUAUGUGGCUAAAUAUAUAUAAACACUUCUAACCAUGCAUCACAAAAAAAACCCUGAAAAUACUAAGUAUUUCACAGUAUAAACAAGAGUACUGUUAAACACGGUGUGCAUGAAAGUGCUGUCACUCUCAGAACUAACAGCCCCACACCACACCAUAUCGUUGCUUAUAAGGGGAUAAGGAUUUAAUAAGUCAUUUAAUUAGUCCUAUGUCAUUCUGACAACCCAACUCAAAAGGUUAAAACCCCUAUAUAUGGUACAUCAUUUCCAAAUAUUACUAUCUUCUUCACUUACCUUCCAAGUUCUUGAUUUGAAAUACCUUGCUAUUAUGCUCAAUAUAUAUAUAGCAAGUUAUCAUUAAGGAUAGUCGUAUACUUAUGGCUUGCAAAGGCUAGAAUCAAGUAGUUGCAGCUCUCUGCCAUUAUAAGAAACCACUCACCCUACAGAAUUAAUGAUUCUCACACCUACCAGUUAAUCAACAUUCACAGUGCAGCAGCCCUUAUUCAUCAUACAAAAAUGGGUUUUAUCAUAUUUAUCAUAUAAAACUGAGGUUGCAGAAGGUGGUUUCAUUUUUCAGGGCUCAAACUUGACAUAAUAAAGAUUCUGAAUAGAGAGCAGAAAAAGCUGUUGAUAAAAGAAGCUGUAAUGUACGGGUGACUUUUAAAUGUAAUUAACUCUACAGCUGAUGUAUAUACUUUUUUUUAAAUAAAAAGGGGAUAUUAAAUUGAAGUGGAAUGUAGGUCACUUUAGGCCUAGAAUUAAUGAUUUCUUUAAAAAUAAGGUGUAUUUCAGAGGUACAUAGCCAUGUUUUAUUUUUUUGUCAGUAAUUAGCUUUUAUCAUAUACGUUCAACUUCCUUGCUUCUACUGCAAUAUAACUACUCUUGAAAAAGCAGGCAUUUUUCUUUCAAGGAAGACAUUGUGGUCAAGCAGAAGAAUCAGACCAUUUUCAGAGUCAUAUGUAUGACUGCAGUCUUUCUUAAACCAGAGGGGAAAUGGUCAGGUAGAAAUUCAGCAUGAUUUAUGAGAUUGUCUCUUAGAAAGACUAACAAAUCCUUUGGUUACUUUCUUGUCAAUAUGUUGUCUCUGCCAGUUAAAACCUCCUAUUUGAGAACAUGGACAGCCAAGACCUUGGAGCCACUGACUCUUAGAAACAACUCUCUCAAGGUGGUGUAGUUUCCAGCUAUGCACUAUUCAAGAUCACUCCCCUCCACCUCUGCAGCCAUAUUAGUUCCUACGAUAACAGGAAUAAGCAAGGAAUCAGGAACCUGGUUGCAAUUUCUGUGAUGGUGAUCAUGUAGAUGAGCUGAACUUAGCAAGUCUCUUCAUUUCUGUGGUGGGUAAAGCAGAAAGGCAUGCAGCCCUUCCGUUGCAAAGACCUCUUGUCUUGGAGAGUGUUAUGGGGUAGCAUGACAAUCCUUAUCAUGAAAGAGAUAAAUUAUUACAUAUCAACAGCACUCUAGGCAGAUGGAAGGGAAAGUGCCAGACAUGUCCUUAGGAAAGGAAAUCACUGCAAACAGGCCUGGUUCAUCUGAAUAUUUAACCCACUUUCAACCAUACCUUCACUGCAGCCAAGUUAGCCACUUCUACACCCCCACUUCUCAUGGGAGUAAAGCCAACCACAUACACCCAGGUGGAAAGGAGUAGAGGUGUCCAGAAUCGCAAUGCUAUUUGGGAAUAAUUUGUAGUGUGAAUCCCUUUUCUUUCAUUCUUCCUAGAAAGCAGAGAAUAUUCCGUUAUAAUGAGGCCUUGAGACUGUGCCCAGUCACAUAGUCACACUAAGCUAAUUCACAAGCAUCCAAGGGUAAUUCGUGUUAAAGCAGUAAAGAACUCCUUUAAAACUGUAAGUCACCAAUCAGAGGAAUUGCAAACAAAACUAUUACUGUGAUAAGGAGACAGUGUCAAGUGACCCAGCCAAAGAGAUCAGGAGGUGAUAAUCCUCCAUACUGCAGAACAUAGUGCAGCUGGGUCUAAGAGACUUGCUACAGAGUCCUCAAGGGACAAAUUAAAAGUGAAAUAACAGCCUUCAUUGUGAAGCACCUUGCUUUUCAAACAUAAGUUAUUUUCAAGCUAUUUUUAUUGGCACCGUUUUGGGAACAGACAGUAACAGCCUUUGCUUUUUAAUAGCUUUGAAAAUGCUUUAAAGAAAUUUGCUCGCAUAAUGAAGUUAUUUCCCAUUUCUAAUUUUCUAGGGAUUAGCUUCCUUGUUUUGCUUUGAAUAGAGACCCAGAAGUCCUGUAGAGACAUUGCCUGUGUCCUGGACCUUAGGGGACACUGUUUUCACCUCCUUCUUAAUCUAAGACUCUCUACCUUCCUCUUGCUAUAUUGUGGAGAAAAAUAUAUUUAUCUAUCUCUUCUCUGAUAUUUGGGUUUACAGCUUGUGGUAACACAUGAAGUCAAAGCCCAAUCUCCACCACCUCUACAUUAAAUCACAUCCAUACAAUUUCCCCGCAUUAUAAUAUGAAGCCUAAAUUCAUCCUUUUGGAGACCAUCAGAGCAAAUAAACAGUUACCACAAACUCAUACAAAUAAAAUGCUUUCCAAACUCAUACAAACAAGAAGCCCUGCUGAGGAAAGGUAAAUUGGCCAAUUGAUAGGUUGGUCUGAGCAAGUGAAGGUAUGUGGAUUGCUAAAUCGGAGGCUUUUCUCCUUUUAAGUGCAGUACGGAGAAUUCAGCAAGAUACUGUACAGAACAGAGUAGGUGGAUGAAAAGUCAAAAGUCAGGUUAGUAAAAUUUGAGGGUAAAGAAAUACAACAUAUUUACUGAGAAAAUGACAUUGUAAGUAGCAUUGGAACAAGCUGGUUGGAGUCUGGCCACCAGAACUCAGCCAUGUCCUUGUGAACCCGAGUUCUCUUGGCUGCCAGGCAGCCUCCAGUCUGAAGGUAAAGGCAAGGUGCUCGGUGUUCAGCAACUCAAAGGAUGAAACACUGUGAUAACAUUAUAAUAGAAGUUUAUACUGUGCUGAGUCCCAUAAAACAAAUUACUGGAAAGACCAGGUGAUGCUACUGUACCUGCCUUUUUACAAUUCUGUGUUGGUCUACUAACUAUUCUCCAGUUUCUCUCUUCAUAUUGUGCUGCUGGGCUCUGCUAUUAUGAGUGUACAGUUAAGAAGUAAUAUAAGUACUAUAUUUAUUAUUCCACUAAGUUUUUAAUAAUUAUUAACAGAUUUGAAAGUAAGUCAUGUCUGCUUAGCUGAACAAGAUGUAACAGACCUAACAUUUUGUACUCCUAACAGAUUUCGUGCAUAAUGUGUUGUAUACUUAUUUCACAUAGAACACUGGGUUCUUAUUUAAAGCCCAGACUCAAAAAAAUGGACCAACUAUCUGUGAAUGUUUGGUUUCUGGCUUUCUGUCUCAAUAGUAAAAGCAUGUAUGAUGUAUUGUAUUAAUUUAAGCAAAUAAACAUGUACUGGAGAA